UAGAAUAAUAAUGAAAAUUUUCAGUAAGAAGUUAAAAGAAAAGAUAAAAGAAAGGCUACAGCCCUAAAACCCCUUUAAAACCCUUUACAUUUCUGGUAGUGUGUUCGUUUUCAUUGCAUCAAAUUCUUGCAACAAAAAUUCCCAUUACCAAGGUUUUUGUCAUUCUCCAACCUAUAAGCGUAAUUCUGGUUGUUUCUUGAGUUGAAAAAUGCCGGACAUUGAAAGGCUUGUGAAUGAUUUUGUUGCAAAGCUCAGUAAACGUAAGGUUGAAGGGUCACAAGCAACUUCGCGGCUAACAGCAGAGUUGCUUCGUUCGGUUGUUUCGUUGCAAAGACUGCCACCUACUAACUCAACUGCAGUACUCAUUGAGGCUGUAAGGGGUAUAGGUGUUAAAUUGGUUGCUGCCAACCCCGUUGAGCUUGCUGUUGGAAAUAUUGUUAGGCGCGUUCUUCAUAUUAUCCGGGAGGAGGAUCUUUCUCUUUUGACCAGUAAAACGGGCGACUUAGAUUUAACUGCAAGUGAUGAUGAACGAACCAUAGACCAAGAUUGUGGCCCAACUCAGUCUGCUGCUGCUGCUGCUGCUGCUGCAGCUAAAAGUGUUUUACGGUCUCCUUCAUUGCAUGCACUUCUGGAGAAUAUGGAUAAAGCUGUACCAAGUAACAUAUACACCUCCUCUUCAGGUGGAGAUUCUGAAGAGAAAAGUAAAGCUGAUAAACUUGCCAGGACUCGGAAGUUAAAACAUGAUGUCAUUGAGGCAAUUAACAUAUUAAUUGAAGAUAUUGAUACUUGUCAUGAACUGAUAGCAGAACAGGCAGUUGAGCAUAUUCACCAAAAUGAAGUAAUACUAACAUUAGGUAGUUCAAGAACUGCCUUUGAAUUCCUCUGUGCCGCAAAAGAGAAAAAACGGUCUUUUCGGGUGGUUGUUGCAGAGGGUGCACCAAGGUACCAGGGGCAUGCUCUUGCAAAAGAGCUGGUAGCAAGAGGUCUACAAACUACAGUUGUAACAGAUUCUGCUAUUUUUGCAAUGAUUUCUAGAGUAAAUAUGGUUAUAGUGGGAGUUCAUGCAGUGAUGGCCAAUGGUGGUGUCAUUGCACCUGUUGGAAUGAACAUGGUAGCACUUGCAGCUCAAAAGCAUGCUGUUCCAUUUGUCGUAGUUGCUGGCAUUCACAAGUUGUGCCCUUCAUAUCCACACAAUCCAGAGGUUUGUCUGAAUGACAUGCGAUCCCCUGCUGAACUUCUCGAAUUCGGGCAGUUUUCAAACUGCAUGGAGUUUGGAAUGGAUAGUGGGGCUCCUCUUCAAGUUGUUAAUCCUGGUUUUGAUUAUGUGGCACCUGAGCUUGUCAGCCUUCUCAUCACCGACAUUGGAGGCCAUAACCCGUCAUAUAUGUAUCGUCUCAUUUCGGACUACUACUCAGCUGAUGAUUUUGAUUUGCAAGGGAGGAUAAAAUAAAUGAAGAAUGCUGUAUCUUGAAGCUGCUUACUGAAUUUAACCAAUACUUGCUGAUUUCAGAUAUCUUUGGAAGGCUGUAGUCGACUGAUGCAGGGCAGGUGGCAACCAAAAAAUCAAAUGGAAAUUGUUAAAAGCUUUUGCUAUGUCUUUGUUAUUUACUUUGAAGGAUAGCUCUAAAUGAGUCUUUUAGCCCAAACACUUUCUGAACAUACUGUACUUUGUUCAGACCAAGUUUUGACUUGUUUAAUGUAAUGACCCGAAGGUGGUAAUAUUAUGUUGUUACGUUCUUGAUAUCAAUCCUUGUAUGCAUUUGUCUCUUGAAUGUAAAAGGUUAAACGAGUAUCCCACCCCCAAUGGUCUUUCCUGAAACACCCCGGUAACUAAGAUAAACGUCGAAAAAACACUCUUUAAAUAACUUCAACGCUCCCAAAGAGAACAGAGCCAUCAUUAUCGGGAGGUUAAAGAGCAUCUAAUGCAAAAAGGAUAUUUCAUUCCCUUGUUUUGUCGUGCAAAAUCACCCUUCACAAGCACCCCUAGCUCAGGGGGGACCAAAAUAUGCCUCAAGUUUUUCACCCUUAGUCCGUGACUAAGGAAAGUGGGGAUUAUCUGAACUUCAGAAGCAGUGUCUCUUCCAUAGGGCUUAUCAGUUAAUGACCUGCAUUUCCAGGCUAAAUCACUUUUCUUAAAGAUAUAAGAAUAUCAUUGAUAUUCAUGGAAAGUAGUGGAUCAAGAUUUUCUUGGAAAGUACUAUCAUAAAAGCAUAUAACUAUGAAUCAACAACCAAUGAAAACAAUAUUAAGUACGAUUUUUGAGUCCAUCAAAAUUAGUACGCAAACAAAAUAUGCUUCCAGGUUCUACUUCUUGCUGAGAUCAAUUCCAGCCUUCUUGGCUACAGCAUCAAGUCCAUUUUU